AAGUCCAAGCCAGUCUAGGUGAGCAGCGCUGCCUCUACCGCAACUGCUCAACUGCUCACAUCCGCCAUUAAUCACACACAAGCACGCACUAACGCACACGAUUAGAGAGUAGAUAGAUCGAUCCCCUCCCCCGGCCCGCAUCACAACCAUCUCCACGCCGCCGGCGAGCCGCUGUUCCGGAAGCUUCAGCCAUGUCCCACGACGACCCCCCGCCGGCUGCCGCCAAGAAGAAAUCGCCCGCAGAGGAGGCGGCCGAGAAGAGGAGGGAGAAGCUUACCCCUGGGAGCUUGAUGAAGGCGGUUAUACGGUCAGGCAGUGGCGACGCCACCCCUGCAGACGGAGAUCAGGUCAUACUUCAUUGCACUACUCGCACCAUGGGUGGCAUUGUUGUAAAUUCUACAAGAAGGGAACAUGGAGGUAAAGGAGUCCCACUCAGAUUUGUUUUAGGAAGGAGCAAAAUGAUCCUUGGCUUUGCUGAAGGCUUUCCAACCAUGCUGAAGGGUGAAAUUGCUAUGUUCAAAAUGGAGCCGAAAAUACACUAUGCGGAGGAUGAUUGUCCGGUUGCAACUCCAGAUGGCUUCCCAAAAGAUGAUGAACUUCAGUUCGAGAUUGAGAUGUUGGAUUUCUUUAAAGCCAAGGUAAUAUCUGAGGAUUUAGAAGUUGUAAAGAAGAUAGUUGACGAAGGCAAGGGAUGGGAAACACCUAGAGAACCAUAUGAAGUGACGGCACGGAUAACAGCCAGAACAGCAGAUGGAAAAGAUAUUCUUCUAAGUAAAGAAGGACCCUAUUUCUUUACUCUGGGUAAAUCGGAGGUACCUAAAGGGCUUGAGAUGGGAAUUGGAUCAAUGGCACGCAAGGAAAAAGCAACUAUUUAUGUUAGCAGUACCUAUUUGACAGGGUCCUCACUAAUGCCACAACUUGAAGGUCUUGAAGAAGUUCAUUUUGAGGUUGAACUUGUUCAAUUUACUCAGGUGAGGGAUAUGCUUGGUGAUGGCCGCCUCAUAAAACGACGUGUAGUUGAUGGAAGAGGUGAAUUUCCUAUGGAUUGUCCUCUUCACGAUAGCUUGUUAACAGUUCACUAUAAGGGGAUGCUCCUUGAUGAACCAAAGUCGGUAUUUUAUGAUACAAAAAUUGAUAAUGAUGGUGAACCAUUGGAGUUCUGUUCCGGAGAAGGGCUGGUUCCUGAAGGAUUUGAAAUGUGUGUUCGACUAAUGCUUCCUGGUGAAAAAUCUGUUGUCACCUGCCCUCCAGAUUUUGCAUAUGAUAAAUUCCCAAGGCCAGCGAAUGUUCCUGAAGGAGCUCAUGUUCGAUGGGAAAUUGAACUACUUGGAUUUGAAGUUCCCAAGGAUUGGACUGGCUUGAACUUCAAAGAAAUCAUGGAAGAGGCAGAUAAAAUUAAGAGCACGGGUAACAGAUUAUUUAAAGAAGGGAAAUUUGAACUUGCAAAGGCAAAAUACGAGAAGUUACUUCGGGAGUAUAACCACGUGCAUCCUCAAGAUGACGAAGAGGGAAAAAUCUUUGCCAGUUCAAGAAAUUCUCUACAUCUAAAUGUAGCUGCUUGCUACCAGAAGAUUGGUGAAUACAGAAAAUCUAUUGAAGCAUGCAAUAAGGUGCUAGAUGCAAAUCCUGUGCACGUCAAAGCUCUUUACCGCCGAGGAAUGUCAUACAUGUUAGGUGGGGACUUUGAUGAUGCAAAGAAUGAUUUUGAGAAGAUGAUUACCGUCGACAAGUCUUCGGAGCCUGAUGCUACAGCUGCUCUUCUUAAACUUAAACAAAGGGAACAGGAAAUUGAAAAGAAGGCAAGGAAGCAGUUCAAAGGACUUUUUGACAAGAAGCCAGGAGAGAUUUCUGAAGUUGGUGCGGAAUCAGAGGGUGCUAAGAACGUGGGCGACGCGGCAGGAUCUAGUGAGGCAGUGACAAGUACUGAUAGAGAUGGAAGCGUGGAGUCUAGUCCGCGCGCAGAACCAGAUUAUGCCUUCGAGGAAGAGAGGCCAGGCAUUAUUGGCCGCGUGUGGCCUUCGGCGAGGCGGAUUUUCUCCUCUCUUGGUCUAAACAGGUGCACAAUACUCUGAGCAAGUUCUCUAACAGGAAACUCUGAGCGGGUGUACCACUACCGUGAUAGCGAGGAAAGUAAAUUGUAAACAAAUUUUUUGAGGGCUUUCUGACAUAUACAGUCGUCCUGUACAAAGAAUUAAUCUUAAUUGUGUGAAUUUAUGUAUGGGGACUGUAUCAGUUUAUAUGUUCAGAGAAAUGGUACCAGUUUA